CGUGUCUUCCAGAUAAAAAGUAAAAAAAAACUCGUUAAAUAGCCGAUAAUUUCGCCAAUUACUGUCUUGGUGAGUACUGGACAUGUACUGGACUGAUAAUCACGAAUUAAUUGAAACGAUAAUAUAAAGAAUUUUUAACGUUUAUCGCUAUUAACAAUAACAAAACGAACUGGGGGAUCUUGCUUCCUUCAUAUAAGAAUGGGAUUGUUAAUAUUUGAUUUAAUAUCUUCUAAAGUUUUAAUCAUAGCGGUUCUAUGUAGGGUAUGAAAAUAUUAGCGUGCGGAAUAAAUGUAUUUUUAUUGAAUUUAAAACAGUUUUACAAUUUAGCCAUCACGAUGGAAGUAAACGGUAAGAUGCCUACGAAAUACACAAACGGCCAUGUAGAACGUAUCCCCGUGCCUCUAGAAUGUCCACCACACGAAGAAUAUCAGUAUUUAAAUCAUAUUAAAUAUAUUCUGGACAAAGGCGUUAAACGGCCAGAUAGAACCGGUGUAGGUACUUAUGCUGUUUUUGGAGCUCAGAUGCGUUAUUCCCUAAGAGACAAUGUUUUUCCACUUCUCACGACCAAAAGGGUCUUUUGGCGAGGUGUUGUGGAGGAGCUGCUUUGGUUUAUCAAAGGAAGUACCGACGUGCAAGAGUUGAAAGAUAAAAACGUGCACAUAUGGGAUGCUAACAGUACGAGAGAAUUCCUGGAUUCCAUAGGAUUAAAGGAUAGGGAGGAGGGCGAUUUGGGUCCCAUUUAUGGGUUUCAGUGGAGGCAUUACGGGGCAGAGUAUAAAGGUAUGCACGCCAAUUACCGAAACAAAGGUAUAGAUCAAUUAGCCCAUGUUAUCAAUACAAUUAAGACAAAUCCGAGUGAUAGAAGAAUGAUUAUGUGCGCGUGGAAUCCUGUAGAUAUUCCAGAAAUGGCAUUACCACCUUGUCAUUGUCUAGCACAGUUUUAUGUGGCUAAUGGGGAACUGUCGUGUCAAUUGUAUCAAAGAGCUGCAGAUAUGGGAUUGGGAGUGCCUUUUAAUAUUGCCAGCUAUGCCUUGUUUACCUAUAUGAUAGCUCAUAUUACUAACUUGAAGCCGGGAGAGUUUGUACAUACCUUGGGUGAUAGUCAUGUCUACCUGAAUCACGUUGAUGCCUUGAAGGAGCAGCUGACUAGGGAACCACGGCCUUUUCCUACUUUGAGAAUUAAGAGGAAAGUUGAAAACAUCGAGGAUUUUACAUUUGAAGAUUUCGAAUUGAGUGGAUACAAUCCUCAUCCCAAACUAAACAUGACGAUGGCUGUUUAAAUUUUAUAAAUUUAAUUUUUGUACUUAAUCUAUUAUUUUUAAGUUUAUAUGAAAUGUAUUUUUUAAAAUUAAGUUUUAAGAUUUUUUGAAAAUCUGUUACUUCUGGAUAUAACUGUAAUUUAUUUUAUAUAGAGCUUGUAAUAAAAUAAUAAACUUCUUUUUUAAGAUGACUGA